GUUGCAAACGCCGUUAUACAGGGAAGCAGAAGAACAGGUGAAGAUUGAAGAACUCGCAUGUACCAAUGCUGAAUUAAGGUCAUCAUCUAAUCCAGUGAAGUUGACGUAGGAAAAACAACAGUUUCUAAAAAAGAAAAGGGACAAGAUUUGAGAAACAUGGUGUUUUUGACUUUAUCAUGUUGGAUCCGCAAUCGUGGGCCUGAUCGAUACUGGAAGGUUCAAGAAGUUCUCAGUCAUGCACGGCACUUCAGAGGUAGAAAGAGCAGAUGCUACAGCCUGGCAGUCAGGGCAGUACGAAGAGCCUUUGUCUAUGCUACCAAGGCUCGCAGGCUCAAACGACGUAACAUGCGCACGCUAUGGAUCUCGCGUAUCGCGGCAGCGUCCAGGGAGCAUGGCAUGAAGUACCCUGUCCUUAUCCACAACCUGGUGAAGAGUAGCGUUGAAGUGAAUCGACGUGUUCUGAGUGACCUUGCCAUCACGGAGCCUAAGUCCUUCCUGUCUCUUGCAAAGCUGGCCAGGGCAAGGCAACAAGAGGGAUUUGGUGUAGCUUUGGGUGAUCGGAAAGAGCCUCCGGGUGUCUUCUCACGAAUCGUCACAUUACAGUGACCCCUCUGUAAUUAAUUGGUAUGAAAUCCAUACCACAUUUAGCAAAUCUGUGACCACCCAUUUAAAUAAAAUGUUCCUUACCUGCAAUACAUUUAACUUAGUGUUGCCCAGCCACCCUUUUAUUGGGGCUACUGAGUAUUUUCAAAACCUCACCCAUUGUCAUAACAUUAACAGGAAUGGUUUCAGUGACACAGGGCCAUUGUUUCAGAGAAAAUAUUUGACUCAUUGUACAUAAGAUUCUUUUUUCGUGUGUUUACAUGUUGAAAUUUUUUUUCGUGUGUUUACAUGUUGAAAAUGUAUUGUGUAGUAAAUAAAACUUUUUUUCUAU